GACCACUCACACCGUUGUGUAAUGACGAAAACGGAAGUUGCUAGUCCCGGUGGUCAAGCUUCAGCGUGCCAACGGAUCUUCCCGCACACUUGCUGCGCCAGGCCGCCGGCAUGGAAGUGCCUUGCUACCUGGCCAAGCUGCUGCGGGAACUGAACGAGCAGCGCAAGAGAGACUACUUCUGUGACUGUAGCAUCCUGGUGGAGGGACGGGUAUUCAAGGCUCACCGCAACGUGCUGUUUGCUGGGAGCGGCUACUUCCGUGCUCUUCUGGUGCAUUAUUUGCAGGACACAGGGCAACUCCACAGCACUGCCUCUCUGGACAUAGUCACGGCCGACGCCUUCUCCAUCAUCCUGGACUUCCUUUACUCGGGCCGCUUGGCCCUCAACAGGGGCAACGUCAUCGAGGUCAUGUCGGCGGCCAGCUACCUGCAGAUGACGGACCUGGUGAACUUCUGCAAGGAGUACAUCCGCUCGUCCCUGGACAUAUGCAACAAGGAGAAGGAGGUGGUCAAGGAGCCGGAGAGUCGAGAGGCGCCCGCCGACAGCGUCGCCCCCGCAGAGUCCCUGGAGUCCGUCUCGCGGGCGGGGGCAGAGGCGGACAGGGGCUCGGGUUCUGAGUCUGUGGUCUCAGUGAGAGCGCCCUCCGCAGAGCGUUCGCCGCCACCCCCAGGACCCAGCAAGACGCCGCAGGGCAGCUGUAGCUUGAGGGGCAGCUUUUUAUCGGCAGGGGAGGGAUCAAAGGGACACGUCGAUCUGGCCACCCAGUCCUCCUCUUCUUCUGCCGGAUUGACCCCCGAACUCCUGAACCCCAAAAUCGAGUACGACCCGGACGACGAGAUGGGGGAGUCCCCCGACACCAAAGAGCUGGGCUUGUAUCCUGGGGUCACUCAUCCAGACCACGGCAGGCUGCUCCCAGCUAGCCCCUGCACCGGCAACGAACGCUCGCCCUUUGGACACGGGGGCUACCUCAACGGGAGACACUUCACAGACUCGCUGGCCAGAAGCGAAGGCUCCAGUCCGAUAAGGGACAGGGGGAACCUGGGCCAGCGCUUUACCCAUGGACUGGACGCUACCAUCGACGGAGGCAGGCUGGACGAGGGCCUGGGGAUGGAAGGAGCGUCCGUAAUGGGAAUACAGUCGGACUGGUUUGUCGAGGACACAGGCGACUGCAUGUUAAUGCCAGUAAAACUCCACAAGUGUCCUUUUUGCCCGUACACGGCCAAGCAGAAGGGCAUUCUGACGAGACACAUCCGCUGCCACACGGGAGAGAGGCCCUUCCCCUGCCCCAUCUGUGGCAAGAGGUUCACCAGGCAGGAGCAUAUGCGCAACCACGCCCUCUGUCGUCACCGUCACUACAUGCCGCUCGUGUGCAAGAGCUGCAGGAGAGCCUUCGAAGGGGGUGACAUCACGGAGAGCCUGAAGCGCUUCGGCGUCUGCAACGACUGCAGCUCCGGCACCGUCCGCCACGACCACCGCCUCGGGCCCCCGCACAGCCGGCUACCGGCCCCAGGGCCGAGAGAGGGGACGGCGGCAACCCUACUGGUCCAGUUCAUGGACGACGUGGAGGAGGGCCGGGUCGAGGGGCUGGGGGAGAAGAAACAGAUGCCCGGUCCGGUGGGGAUGUAGCUUCACGUGACCCCACCCAAAAGUUCAUCGGGCGGGUGGCAGUAGCUCAUGAGGGAGAGCGGGUUUGCUGGUAACUGCAAGGUUGCUAGUUCAAUCCCCAGCCUCUUCUGGCUGUGUUGAGGUGUCGAUGAGCAAGGCACCUCACCCUGACUGCUCCCGACAAGCUGGCUGUCUCCUUUCAUGGUUGACUCCGCCGUCGGUGUGAGAAUGUGUGCAUGAGUGGGUGAAUGUCAUGCAAUAUCAGUGUUUCCCCCAGAAAAUGUCUUACUCAAGGCAGUGGGGGAAACACUGAAUAUUGUAAAGCGCUUUUGAUAAGAGCACUAUAUAAAUGCAGUCCAUUUACCAUAUUCAUCACUCUGUUGUUGUGUUUCUUCCACUGCGGCCCAUAUUGCUAUUGUUCCAUGAAUGAUUCGCUCUGACCUUUGUCCUUAGUUGGGUGGACUGAUGGACCAUUGGCAGUGAUCUCUGCAAAAAGUGCAGGUGGCAGGUGAUAAAAUGCCAAAUUACAGAUGUUCAAAAUCGAUGUUCUGUUUUACUGUGGCCGUUCUGAUGGAAGACGUUGUAACAUCAAAGACUUGAUAUGAUUAUUUAUUUACAAGAGUUGUACUAUAUUUUGUCUAUUUUUAUAUUCUUUUAUUGUUCUAUUAUGGGCAGCUGAUGCUACAAGAUUCAUUUUUGGUCUGUAAUUAAAUGUACAUCUGAUGCUAGGAACGGUAUUCUUUCAUGUAGCCUAUUUGCUAUAAAUGGUCUUUCCAAA